AUGAGCCCAGCGCAGCCUCGGCGCGCCGUCUACUGCCACAGCGUGCGCCGUCUGAACCUCUCACCCCUCUGGCCGCCCUGCUCUCGCACAAAAUUACCACCGCCGGCGUUAUUCGACCCGGACGAGCUCCUCCGGAAAACCAUGCAAUGGCGCAAGAAGUUCCCUCAUCUUCAGACUAUCUCAUAUCGCCAUCCUGUGAGCGACCAGGAGGACACGUACACCGUCUCGCUCAGCGGCGACAAGAUCCGGGUCGAGGUGGAGACUUGUGUCAGGUUGUUCCACCCGGUGUACUUCCUUCGCAGCCCCUACCCUCUUCUACCACCUAUACCCACGCCAUACUACACCCACCCUCCAGGACUUGUAAUCGACCAUCGCAUCCGUCUAGUCAUGGUUGACGAUCACCUCACCGGGCCUCUCGAUCCUGACCAGGACGAGGUGGCGAGGCAUACCGCCGAAUCUUGCGGACCUCCCGCCCCUCAGCCGUCUCUUGAGGAGCUGGUCUCACUCUUCGAGACCCGAGCGUCACGCGGCUGCGUGCCCCUCAGCGGUCUCACCUUCCCCUCGUGCCCCACCCCUUACACGCUGGAACGGUUCCGCCAAAUCGCCAACAUCGUCGGUACAGGUCUGCGCCAAGUCAUCGUCCCGGUCAAUAUGCUCCGGGACCUCGGCGGCUUCCAGGUAGCCAGCUCGGCUCUGGAUUCAGCAUUCCCAAAGCUGGAAUCUUUCCAUAUACGGGGCGAAUUGGUCGAAGGUGACGGACUAUCUCCCACCUCGCUCUUGACCGUCAUGCAGAACCUGUACCGGUUCACCAUCGACAAGCAUACGGGCCCGCUAUCUGCCAUGGAAUUGGCCGUGGCCGUCCGGAAUCUCGGAUCCGCCAAGACUUUGUACACCUACACAUCUGAUCGUCCAGUUACGCAGCGCAAGUUGACUUUUCACGAAUUCGUCCACAUGGCUAGAUUCCAUGAUACACAUGAAGUCUUCGUCGAAGGAUAUCUGGAACAAGCCGCUAGGCAGUAUGGGGCUCUGUACCGGGUGGAUUGGGAGAGCAAGAUUGAUCAGCUGGAGCUGGAGCAGAUUGUCAGCGGGGCUGUUUCCACAAGCGUCUCACCUCGCAGAAGUACGGUGGAUUUGCCCGUCCGGCGAGUCACUCGUUCGAAGCGACUCGCUCCGUCAAACACUCAGCCCUGCCCCGCCCCCUCAUCCCUUUCUGACCUCUCGAGCUCUCCCUCCGCCGCGGUCCAAAAGGUCCUCUGCACUCCGGAGCUGGCCUUCUUGAUCCUCAAUCAGGUGGAUCAACGUACGCUAGCUGGGAUGCUGCGUUUGCAGAAAAGGAUGACAAUACCGGUAGCUGAGGUGCUAUAUGGAGAGGUCCACAUCUCCCGUGUAUCUCGGAUGUCGAGGGCCAAGCCUAGACGGGCAGCGCUUUGCGACGUCGUCCGGACUAUCAACCUCUCUCCCUUCUCCCCCGCCGACCCUGCAUCGCGGCGAAAGCCAAAACCCCAUCCCUUCCGCUUCGAUGCCCAUCAGCUAGCUAAGAAUAUCGCCGUAUGGAAGAAGAAAUUCCCCUCGCUCAGCACCAUUCUCUACCGGUAUCCCCUGGAUGACGAAGCCGACGCCUUUGUCGUCCAUCUCUCCGGCGAGACCAUUCAUGUCGAGCUGGAGAGCCAGGUCAGGCUUCAAUACCCCGACACGUUUACAAUGCCCCCUCCGUCGCUCCCGGAAACGCCCGCGCUUUCGCCGCCGUUACAUCUCAAACACAACAUCGCCAUACACGUCUCUCCGCGGCCAUGGGGGGAGGACGCCUAUCAUCCACCAAGGAUGAUGGAGCGCGUUCAAGAAUACCAGCGGUUGAUGUACGGAGCGGACUCGGACGGGCGUAUCACCAGCAUCAACGAUACGUGCCUCGACUCGGACAUGCACGCCUCGCCGGAACAACUCCUCUCCUUCCUCGCAUCGCGUGCCUCGCGCGGCUGUGACCCCAUCACCGGUAUCCGCUUCCCUUCCUCCCCCACACCAUACACACUCGAGCGGUUCCAUCAAAUGGCGUCGGCCAUCGGCUCGGGCCUCCGCACUCUCGCCAUCUCAGUUGAUGUCAUGCAGAGUAUCGGCGGUCUCCACUUUGCCAUAUCGGAACUGGACAAGGCAUUCCCCGCGCUGGAGGUCUUGACGAUCCGCGGUGCCACGAUGGAGAGCGACGGAGUGUCCCCGGACACACCGUUGGUCGGUAUGGUGAAUUUGCGUAGCUUCAGCCACGAAGUGUGCGAAGGGGUAACCCUUCUGGAGCAUGCUCAAGGUGUGCAGGGUUUGGGAUCAAGGCGCACCUCGUUCUAUCUCUUGUUUCAAGAUGAUCCUCCUGGGCAAGGGCGGCUCACCAGUUAUAAUGCGGUCGUACAACUCGGCAAGGAAUACCACGAGGGAGUCAUGGCCAUCCGGCGAGAGAUAUCGGAGCUGGAGAGGAGGCUUCUACUUGAGGUUGACGCUGGCUCGAAGGAGAAGAUGACGACGGAGCUUCGACUGCUGAGGGAGUUCACAUCAACCUCGCUCAUGGAGAAGAUUAAACAGGUCAAACCGAAAACAGAUAGUUAG